UUUACAGUGUCAGCUGAGUUUGAUUGAAGUUUGAAUUGAGCAUGGCAUCGUGUAUGCAUCGUUAGCAAUAAGUAAAUAAUUGAGUAAUAUUAUUAAAUAGUUUCUAAUUAAUUAAUAGGCACAAUGUCCGCGUCAGAUUCUUCAGAAGAGGAAGAUUUAUCCCGGUUUAAAGAUGUUGUAGAUACAAGUUUCACCAACGAUAUAAACCUGUCAUACAAUAGGUCCGAAAUAAGAAACAACGCACCAGAAAUUAAGAAAAAAUCGGAGAGAUAUUUAGCAGAAUCAACGCAUUAUAAUGAUGUGAAAGUCCCUAAAGAGUUACAAUUAAAGAUUGGCAAGAAAAUUUCCUCCAUAAUUAACCAAUGUGUUGAAUUUGUUGACAUAGAACCAAAAAAAAUUAAAAGAAAAAUUAAAGGUGGUGUAAGACUAUUCAGGGAUUCAGAUGACUAUUUAUCUUGUCAUGAAGCUGAGGACAGAUUUACAGAAAAUCAUAAUGUAAAGGCAAAAAAGUUGAAACAAAUAAAAGAAUGUGUGGAAAUCGAUGAAGUAAUUAAAUCAGUUGCAGUGAGUGGGGAAUAUGUUUUAUCAAAAGAAGAAAUUAAAUGUUGGAAGUCCCGAAGAAAAGAAAAAGUUUUUAAAUAUAAAUCUAAUGGUAAAGGUGUUCUAAUUUCUACUGAAUAAAAUGUUUAAUUUGUA